AUGACGCUGCCGGAUGAGGACGAAAACAUUCUCUUCUCGGAGGUUGUCGAUUUUUCCAUUUUCCCCCUUUCGCCAGGACGCAGACGCGAGCUCCGCGCCACUGCGGAGCUCCCGAGCAUCUCGGACCUCCUCGGCGUCAAAGAUGUCCGUGACGACGACGAAGUCGCUGCUGCCAUCUGGGAAGCGUACGACCGCCUGUACACCCAGUUCUCCGCACCUCGCUCUUCCUCGCCCUCCCCUCGACUCUCUCCUUCCCUGCCUCCAUCUUCUCCUUCCUCAUCUUCCUCGUUUUCCCCAUCCACAUCUUCCUCGUCCUCCUCGGUCUCACCGCCUCCUGUGUGUGGCGCUGCUUCGGUCCAUGUGUUUUGUUCUCCUCAGCAUGUCCGCGAUGGCUUCCGUGUUCUGUUCUCCUUCGCCUUCGAGGCGGAAACUGGCGAGAGAAGCCCGCGGGAGUCUCUCGUCCUCGCUGCUCUCUCCGCCUCGCUUCUCCGCUGUCCUGCAUGUGUCGUGGCCUACGUCGCCGGCUGUCGCCAGUUUCUCUUGGCGCUGCAAAGCGGCGAAAGCAGAGACAGAAAAAACCCGCAGAGACCGCGCAGUGAGGAGCCCCACGAGGCCGGCGACAGCCUAGCGGACGGAGAAGAUUCCGACGAGGAAGGGAGCCUCCUCUGCGCAAGGCUGCAGAAGAAAAUCCUGGCGUGGGACUUGCUGCGCCUGCUGGCGGUUCUCGCUGCUGAUCGAGACCGCAGGGAAGAAGAGGAUCGACGAGAGGAGGCGGCAGGAAAGAAGGCCGACUUCGACAUAGGCGACCGUGAGGAUCCCGGCGGGCAGAAGACGGGGAAAGAAGCGGAUAUUUCUUUGUCAGGCGACACGGCAGGAAACAGAGAACGCUGCAGUCUCCUCUCGUUGGUACGCACAGGCGUGCAGACAGCACUUGAUAAAAAGGCCGAGGUCGACAAAGGCUGUUGUCUCGCCACCAAGGAAGAUGCCGCGUCUCCGCGCACUCCGGCGCCCUCUUCCGGUCCCGCCUCGGAAAACGCACUUUGUCUCUGCUUCCCCGAAAAAAACCUCCAAACGCUCCUCAGACGCCUUUCCCAGCACAGGUCAACUCUUUCGUCGGAUCUGUCCAGUCGCGUCAGCGCCUCUCGUCAGCCGUCUCUUUCCUUUCGUCCUUCGCCAUGCUCUUCCGCACCGCCCUUGCCGUCGUGUUCUUCCGUUGACCUUCCGAGUGUCUGUACACUGUUGGAAGUGCUGCUGGACAGCGCUCGGCUGCUGUACGUGGACUUUGAUCUUCCACUGAAAUCGCUCCAGGAAGACCUCAGGGAUUUCGGUUCUUCCAUUCCUGCUCUUUUCCUUCCUCUUCUGCGGAACCAGGAGUGUCUGCCAGCGCGGGACCGAGGGCUGGAGACAGGCGUUUGUGGGGAUUGUUCUGGUCCGUGCUCUUCUCCCUCGCUGAGCAGUGUCGGGCACGCGGAAGGAAGUGCUGAUGGAGAGAAGCCGCGAGAAGGCCGCCAGGUGCGGCGAGCCGAGGAUGCAGGGUUCGAGGAGGAAGGCAGCGGGAAGGAAGGAGACGAAGAAGCGCCCCGCAAGGAAAAAGAGAGACUCUGGCUACGGAUGACCACCAGCGCGUUUUGCUCGCUUCGCGGGUUGACUCCAGAGACCCGAGAGCGGCUGUCGGGACACCGACGAACUCUGCGGAGCCUGGUCGUGGCUCUCCCUUCUCUGCUCGCUUCUUCUCCGGUGGAUCUCUCGUCUGCUCGAUGCAGCGAGCUUUGGGAGGCGUCUGUUUCGUCUUCCGGAUUCGCCGCCUCGGCGGCUCUUCCUCCGUCGACUCUCCUUCUGCCUCUCCUCCCGUCGCCCGUUUUCUGCGUCGGGAUUUUGCUGUAUGCGCUUCUUCUUCGCCCCUGUGGAGUCGCACCUCUGCUGCUCUCUUUUCAAACGCAUGCUCUUCCUGCCGUCCGGCUAGCUGCAUGCGCAGCCCUCCACAUUGCAGCUGUCAGACGCCCUAGUCUUCUCCUGCCUCCUUCCUCUCCUUCCGCCUCGUCUUGUGCCGCGUCUUCUGCCUCGGCUUCCUCAUUGGCGUUUCCGGUUUCUUCCGCCGCUCCCUCUUCGUUCGCUACUGGGUCCAAAUCCGACCCGGUGACCAUCUGCGAAGAAGCCGGGUGCGUGGACGAGGACGGAGAGACACAGGGUGACGGCGACUACUCGAAGGGAGAAAGGCACCGAGGAGAGGCCUCAUGCGACGAGAGGCGGUUCGCUUCUCCGCCUGCCUCGCCGAUGUCGGCUCUCGUCAGCGUCGUCCAGAUGUGGGUCACGCUUCUCCACAUUCUGUCUGUGCGUCUCGGUCAGGCGACACAGGAGAUGGCGGCAUGUCUCCAGCGAUGCAGGAAUGGCGCCUGGACGGGCGAUCCAGAGAUGGAGGAUGUCGAGGACAACGUCGUCAGCUCUCUUCACCAUCUUGUGCUGAUUCUGCGCGCCCUUCACUCUCUCUUUGUUGUGGUUCUCUCUCCUGACUCCACUCCCGCAGUCGCGGAACCGAUUGCCAGAGUGGGGGAGGAAGUCUUCAACUUCGCGACACGUUUACCGCCUUCUUCAUCUCUCUUUCCAUUCUGUCCUUUCUCGUCCUCGUCCGCCGCGACGUCUUCGAACCCUGGCUCGUCGUCGGUCUCCCUUUCUCUUCCUGCCGCUGACUCUCUUUCUCUCUUUGACGCGUCGCCGCCUUCCUCUGCCUCCUCUGUGCCUCUUUUCUCGUCUUCUUCUUUGCCUUCUUCUCUGUCUUCGUCUUGUUGUCUUGCUUCUUCUUCUGUCCCCUCAUCUCCUUCGGAAAGACAUGUUUUGGAGUCGCACACGGGAGCGAGGCAGCUUCCGCAUGGGACCCGUCCCUGGAGACAGUCUCCGACUGUCCCUGGAGAACGAGGCUGUGGAGAGGACGCGGGGCAACCUGCUCGGUUUCCCGCCCUCGGAUCCGUGGCAGCAGUGAUCCAGGAGGAACUGAGUGCGUGCGCGUCCCACGAGAAGGGGCUGCUGCUCGGCGCGGCGGAGGACGAACUUGGUUGUCUAGACAGUGCAUCUUUGGCGAAGUCGAGAGGGGAAACGCGACGCGCUGGUUGCCAAGACGCAGCGAGAAGCGACGCCCUUUUUCCUCCUUCGACUUUUUUCGAGCGAGAAGAAGACCGCGCCGUGCUCCUGCGUGAGGGGCUGUAUCUGCUUCUGCCGUUCCCGAGCGGUCUCACGCGGGGCGAGGCGGGAAGAACAGGCGACGAAGCGAGAGGAAGCGUUGAGCUUCUUCUGGAUCGAAACUCGGCGGCGAUCGCUCUCGGCGGUCUCCCGCGGGUUUUGAAGACGCUCGCGAGAGGCCUGGUCGAGCUGUGGGGUCAGCUGGAGGUUCACUCCUGUCUCUCUGAGCGGCGAGCGUUUUCUCGGACAGGCGCGGGAUUUCGUGGAGGCGACCUGAGAGAAGCACCGGCUUCUGAAGAAGAGGGAGCAAGAGGCGAGGAAGACCAGUCUCGACCUGGGUUAAGUGAAGAACGCGGAAGCCAGGUGGGGAAUGCCAGACGCGCGCGGGGCUUUCCCGAAGAAGCGGCGGUCGUUCUCGGCAGUGUCAGCGCUUGUCUCUCCGCAGAGCUCACUGUCGAGAUCCUCGUCCUCAAGACGCUGCUCGUCGCCGUCUCCCUUCUGUACAAACUCGUUCGCUCCCCUGCACGCUCCUCACUCCUCUCCUCGCCGGCAUCCCGUCCCCCUCGCCACGCUUCCGCGGCUGAGCUGUCCACUGAGACUUUCUCCCUCAUGUCGGAAAUGGCCUGUCGUGCCCGCGGACGCCGUCGCGAACUCGCCGAGGCUCUCUCUCUCGCGCAGCCCGGCGGCGAACGCAGGGAGUCGAGGCAGGACGGAAAUCCACAGCGGCGCAAUUCUUCGCCGCGCACGGGUGCAGAACGGCGGUCGAGAGACACCCGAGGAGGCCUUUCAGCCGCAAAAGGGGGGGAGUCCGGCCUCCCCGAAGGCGCGCAGGAAGAAGGAGAGGUUGGCAGGGAGAAGCGAAUUUUUGCGGGGAUGGUGUGGGCGUGCGAACUGCUUGAGCGCAUGAGCAGCAGCAUCGCCCGCUUCUUGCCAGGAAGAGAGGAAGGAAGAGAAAAGGAUGGAGAUGCCGGGAAGGAGGGGAAACCGAAGGAACGCGUGGCAGCGAGGGCGAACAGAGGCGGAAAGCGGAUCCAGACAGUGGGGGAGGCCAAAGAAUCGAGCGAAUCCGAGGGCGCGUGUGAAGAUGCGGCCGUGAGCCGCCUGAGGGCCGAAAUUCUCGGUGCGUCGUCAGAGGAACGCGAUCCUCACGGCUGCCAUCCCUCGUGUUCUUCCUCAUCUUCGCGUGUCGCUGCUUCGCCGUUUCUCUCCGCUGCGCCUCUUCUGCCCUCGCCUGCGUCCCGAGCGCGUGAGGCCGCCGGUGCACGUGCUGUCGGCGCGACAAGAUGGGUCUGUCAUUCGACCCAGGACGCGUCGACAACCGCGGCAGGCAAAACAGGGGACUCUGUCCCGUUUUCGAUUCGCCAAGAACAAGAGAUCAUUCUCGUGUCGGACUCGGAAGAAGAGGCGCAGCCGCCCCGCCUUCGUUCCUCGGCUCCUCGGCGACCUCACACGCACUUUGCAGUUGUCCUGGGAGACAGCGACCGCCGUGCCUCGGCGGCAGCGUCUCUGAGGGCUGGGGAUCAGGAGCACGCGAGAGGAGGGAACGCGAGAGGCCAAGGAGAGACUCGCCUCCUUUCUUCGCCCCCACGCGCCGGUAGAGGAGGCGCAGCGGAAGCCCGCCAGCCGGCGGGGACUGGAUCAACGGGCGUCGCCUCGACUCUGUCGGGUCGUGAAACCUCCGCCGCAGAAGGCGCGAGUCUAGAAGAACCGACCAGCCGCGUUUCAAAAGAGCAGGGUGGAUCGGCUGCCUUUUCCAGGAGGGACUUCUGCGGACCGGGAGACGCUCCCGGCGUAGAGCUUAUUCUGAGUGAUGAAGAAGAGAGCGAACAGGGCCAGCUGCACGCGCAGCGCGCUGGAGAGGACACGCAGGAACAGGGGAGAGGCUCGAGCGAAGGAGCGAGAGAACGAGUGGUCACCCUCGAUUGGGACUUCCCGGAAGACGACGAAACGCGGCGAGAGGUGGAGCUCAGGCAAGAAAGGAAGAGGGAGAGGGCCAGAGAGCGGCCGCGUUCUCCCCGUGCUCAGACGAAGAGACAGCGCACAGCGGACCUUUCGACUGUUGACUUUCUCGCCUCGUGUGUCUCUUCUCCCAGUCCUUGGACUUCUCGCGCUUCCUCGGCCUCUUCCUCAGGCUCCGCGUCUCCUCGAUCCAGCUCGAGAUCUUCACCGUGCCGGGAAAUUCGCAGCAGAGCCAGGUCGCCUUCGUCCAGGUGCUCCUCCGUUGUCUCUGUUCGUCCUUCUCCCUCUUCGUCUCCUUCUCCCCCCCCUUCUCCUUCGUGCCCCUCCCCGUCUCCUGCUGUCUCCUCUCGCUCUUCGUCGCGCUCUUCUUCUCUCUCAUCUGCCUCGUCUUCCUCGUUCUCUACUUCGCUUUCCUGCUCUGGGGCUGCUGGAGGAGUGGACAUAUCGGCUUUGUGGGCCGAUGCCGAGGCCGCGCGAGAUAUGCAGGCGGCAGCGCAGGAGGCGCGAACUGCGCGCGAGGCUGCGGAGAAGCUUCGGAGGCGACAGGAGGCCGGAGUGAAGAAGAAAGCAAGCUGGACAGGUCGAACCCGCGAACAGGCCCGAGACGACGCGUGUCCCUCCCGCUGCUUCACCCCGAGCGACUCUGCGCCUGGUUCGCAGCGGUCUGCGAGCGCCUCUCAUGCGGAGCUCACCAGCGUUCGUGCUGAAGACGAGGCGAGGACAGGAAGGAAAGGCGACAUGUUUCUCGGGUCGAGUCGCGAAAGAAAAGGCGAACACGCCAAGGAAGGUCGCGGCUCGCCUCCGGAGUCUCAAGGCUCUUUCCGCAACCACCCGACUCACGACCGCGCGCCACCAGCCUCGUCCAGCCCUCACCCAGGGCCUUCGCCGUCUCUCCCACAGCCUGCUGGCGCACUUCGACACUCGUCUCUGUCUUCUCUGUCUUCUCGGCCUUCUCUGCCGCGCCCGGUGUCUGCGCAGGUUGCUUCCGUUGUGGCAGCCGCUCGCGCGCAGGCCGCAGAUACGCGCUGGCGGGCCCAGCGGCUGCUCCAGGCGCGGCUCGAGGGUUUACGGUCGCGGAGAGAAGACUGGCGGAGGGGCGGGGGCGUGUCGGAGUUGCUGACAACUCACAGGUGGGAGAAGAGUUCGACGCAUCCCUUCGGUUCGCUCGCUGUCUUUCCCGGCGCCGCUUUCCAGAAAUCCAAGCUGAAAGCGGUGGCUGAGAAGAUCGGCUUCGAAGGCCCCGUUGUGCGGCGGAAGGCAGACACUCGGCGCGAAGGCGUCACCACGCCCGGGGAAAAGGAAACAGGAGUGGAGGAGGAAGCGCAGGUGGAGCGAACGGGAGAGGAGGAAAGGGCGAAACGUGAAUCGCGGAAAGCCGAGCAAAUCCGCCGCAUGCGCAGGGAACUCGAGAAGGGCCUUUGUGAAAAAGAGAGCGGACCUGCAGAAUCCGCAACGCUGAAAAGACACAUUCUCCUCGCCCCCAGCGGCGGUGAUGUGCGCGCGCACAGGCAGCGGAGCAGGAAGCCGGCGUGGAUGUCUGCGGAGGAGUGGGAGAAGGAGAAAUUGCGGGCGUGGGUUCAGCAGGAAGUCGACGACGCGCAGACGAGAGAAGUGCGCGAAAAGAAGGCGCAAGAGCAAAGCAUGCAAAACGAGCAAGCAGAACAACAGGCAACACAACGGGCGCAGGAGGAGGCCCUGAAACGAAAACACGCACUCGACCGAGCACGAAUCAUUACGGAGACAGACGCUGGCCUCGAUCAAUUCCUUUGGAGACUUCUCCAUGUCGAUGUCCACUCCAUAGCGAGAGGCGAUGAAGAAGGGGGACUACACAGAGAGAAGCCGCAGUCUGUUUCUCCCCCUUCUUCCCCUCCUCCCUCGACUUCUUCCUCUUCCUCGUCUUCCCCGUCUUCCUCUUCUUCCUCAUCUUCCUUGUCUUCCUCGUCUUCCUCUUCUUUCUCUUCUUCCGCUCCUGGUGCGAGAGAGGCGAGGCAUAGCAGCGCUCACGAGAGUCGGCGAGGCGACGGCGCUUGCGUGAAUGCGCAAAGCGUCCAGAGGGCCUCGGCGCUGUCGCCAGCUGAGGCGAAAGCGCCGCCGGCCAGAAGCAAAUAUUCGUUGGAGCUGCUGACUAGCAGAGUACGCGCGCAGCGCCAUCUUCCGAACCGCUACCGAAACGUCGAAGAGUACAAGAGCUUGCUGGCGCCCCUCCUCUUCCUCGAGUUGAUUUUCCAACUGAAGCAGGCGUUUCGGGAGCAGAACCUGGAGCCGCGGCUUUGCGUCUUGGAAGAACUGCGAGAAGGUAAACAGUGGAUGCUCGGCCGGCUCUCGAUGUCGCGUAUCUUUCCGCAACUCGCUGCGUUCGCGCGGACUCCCGGUCGGCAGAGGAACGUCUCUUCACGACUCCGGGAACCUCCGAGUUUUAGCUCGGCCGCGGAUGCGGCCCGAGGCAGCGACAGAGGAGGCGAGCCGGAUACGUGCGGCCCGUCGUCGAGUUUCUCCGGCGAGAGAGGCGAGGCUGCGGAGUGCUUCUUCCCCCCCUUUGGCGUUCACGAGCUCCUGCUGCUUCUUCCUGUGGGGUCGGCUUAUACUCGGCUCUUAGACACCGCGAGGGGCGACAGGGAGGGAGAUCCGGAGAGCGCAGAACAGACAACCGUCGACCACGCCCAGCUCCUCAUGAGACGUUACGCCGGCAAAAGUUUCGCCGCGAUAGCUCGAGAGCCCGUGCAGUCUUGGUUCCUCCUUGGCUUGGUGGACCGCGUCGAAGACACCAGCCCGACCGGCUUUUCCGCUUCUGGAUCUCAAGGAAAAUCGGGGAUCCACGCUGACUCAGAUUCGGAGCGAAGCGCCGCGGAGAAGAGCAGUGGGGGCAGCCAGUUCAUUUUGCGUCUUCCUCACCUCGUUUCCAGCGACCUCUCGCCAGCCGCGUCUCACCAGAUGAAACGCGUUCCCCUGGAGCACGUCGCUGUGAACACUUCCUGGGUGGCUGUGUCUCUGACUCAGCUCACGACAGCGGUGAGGGAAAUCCAGGCGGUUUUUCUCAGCCAGCUGUCUCCUCGUUUCCCGUUCCUCUUGAAUCCUCUGCCUCUCAAGUUGUCUCUUGCACCUGUCCUUCCUUCCGCUUCGUCUCCGUCUCCUUCGCCAUCGGCUUCUCUUCCUGCUUCUCCUUCGCCUUCUUCUGCUCCGUCUGCUGACUCAAAAAGACAAACGCGAGGGGCGGCGCUCGCAGCAGUGUGGUUCAAGCAGGCGGUGGACCGACAGCUGAGGAGCGGCCGUCUGAAUCCUUCCCAGGCGGAGGCCAUCCGUGACGUCUUGACGACGGAGACGAAGGUGGGGUUGAUUCAAGGUCCUCCGGGGACGGGGAAGACCCAAGCCAUCCAGUCGCUUCUCGCGAUCAUUUACAGCCGCUUACGAGAUCAGCAAGGGCUCCGCGCGAAAGAGGGGAGCAACCAGCCUUCCUUCUCCCGUUCUCUCCGUUCGUCCGGCGCUCUCAACCCCCCUGGGCGACACAUGGCAAGCCCAGGCGCCGCGCGCGAGGGUUUGCGGAAGAAAAUCCUCGUCUGUGCACCCUCAAAUGCUGCCGUAGACGAGAUUGCGGAGAGGUUGCUUGCACACGGGCUCCAGCAUCCCAUGACAGGAGAGACGUUCACGCCCGCGUGUCUUCGGAUCGGAAAUUUAGAUCGCGUUCGCGAGUCUGUCCGGUCCAUCACCCUCGAAGCGCAGGUGAAGCGCCUGCGGAGCGCCCAUGAGAGUCAGAUGGAAACCUCGUUCCAGGCCUCGCUGCAGGAGUUGCGGGAGAAGAAGAAAGUGCUCAUUCAGCAGCACCAGUGCGUGCGUUUUCUCCUGUCGCGUUUCUCUUCCCUCGACCUGAGCCGGCUGAAUUCCGCCCCGUAUCUCGACGACCUCGUGGCUGCCAUGCUGGCUUCGUCUUUCGCCAAGUCGUUCUCGGGCGAGGCUCGCGGGGAAGAAACCCUGCGGUCGCUGCUCCCCUCGCUCGCCUGUUUGGGCCUUUUUGGGCUCAAGGACUUGCGGGCGACCCUAGAUGCUCAGCUGGAGGACGUCAACGCGCGUUUUGCCUGUCUGUUCGACGAGAGAAGACAAGACCGCUCGGCCCUGUUCCCUGCCUGCCGCCAACAAGUGAUUCUCGCUACGGACAUCGUCUUCGCCACGCUUUCGUCCAGCGCCCACGAGUACCUCUGUCCGUACACCCUAACUCUGACGUCCGUCGCGAGCUCUCCCGGAAGAGGCGCGUCUCUGUCCCGGGGCUUCUCCUCCGCUCCCGCCUCUCUGGCUUUGUCGUCUUGCCUGCCUGGCCUGCCUCGGUUCGCCACCCAAGAGCAGAAGAUGACCUUUCUGCAGGCGCAGUUCUACGCCGCCUCGCCUCCCUUCUCCUACGCCUACCUGAUCGUCGACGAAGCUGGCCAGGCGAGCGAACUGUCGUGUCUCAUUCCCCUGCGCCUGGCCCCCGAAAGGUGCAUUUUGGUCGGCGACCCGCAGCAGUUGCCUUCGACGAUUUUCUCUGCGCUCGCCGAGAAACGCGGGCUCGGGCGAAGCCUGCUGGAGCGCCUGGCGCUCUGUGCAGAGGAAGACCGCCAGCGAGAGGCGAGGCCGAGUGAAGAGAGAGGCGAAGAGCGACGCUGGGCCAGGCAGACGGCCUCGAAAGAGGCCCGAGCGGAGGACUCAAAGCAAGCAGACGAGGGCGACGGGCUGUACACGCGAAGGCCGGCCGAAAAAAACGAGGGUUUUCCAACAGAAGAGCCAGAGGGUGAACGGCGAGAUGAGGAGCGGCAGAAACGCCUGGUGAAAGCAGGCGUCUCGCUGGCACUGGGGGCCACCAACCGUCCACACGGCACUCAGGCUCUCAAGGUCAAUCUCCUGACGACACAGUACAGAAUGCGAGCAGAGAUCGCUCGCUUUCCGUCGGAGGCGUUCUACGACGGCCGUCUGGAGACAAGUCCAUCGGUCUCGCUUCGCCCUCGCCUCCCGUGCUUCCGACUCCACUGGCUCUUCGCCCCUGUCAAGUUCUUCCGCGUGCCGAGCCUGGAAGACCGAGGAAGCCUUGGGUCUUCUUCUCUUGCGAACUAUGAGGAGGCGCGGUUUGUCGUCAGUCUUCUUCGAACGCUCUAUCUCCACUUCUGCGGCAGGCCGCAGUCUGAACAUCACACGCGACAUCUCGGCUACUCACCGUCUUUUUCUUCUCCCGCUCCCUCUUCUUUCGCUUCUCGCAGCCAGAAACUCAGCGACGUGGGGGUAAUUACACCGUACCGCCAGCAAGUGGCUCUUCUUCAGCAGAUGCUUGCGGAAGAUCUCGUCUUGGGCUUGGCGCGCGACAGGCCGGAAAUCAACACGGUCGAUGCCUUUCAGGGGCGCGAGAAGUCGAUCAUUAUCAUCUCUUUCGUCAGAGCAGCGGGCCCCGCAGCCUUGGCGGCUCGCACCGGCGACGAUCCCGCCUCGUAUGGCCUGCGCGAGAAGCACCGGGGCCCAAAAGGGACGGGAAACGAGGCGGGGAAGGAGUCUCCUUCAGUGAAAGGGAGAAAGGCAGGCAUCGCCCCGCGAACUGCGUCGGAUCUUCCGGAGACAAGUCCUGGUGCGUCUCCUGUUUCUCUUGGUCCCUCCUCGUCAAGUUCGUUCUCGACGCUUGGAUUCGUGGCAGACUUUCGGCGGCUGAAUGUGGCUCUGACGCGUGCACGAGACGCCCUGUGGAUUGUCGGCGACGAUGAGACGCUCAAGACACAUCCCUCGUUUCGUCGUUUCCUGGCCUAUGUCCAGAGUCUUCCUGGAGACGCAUACAUCGAUCUCCUGGACCUGCCGAAGCCGCUCAGACGCGCAAUGCAGUUCAGACGACGGGAUGCGGGUCGCGGAAGUCUCGACCUGUCCGCGCAGAAGCACCGGUGUCCAGACGCCCCGCGCUCAGGUGCGGCAGGGAGAAUGAAACUGUGGAGAGACGAAGAGGAAGGACUGCUGUCGGAGUUUUUCGGGGCCGUCGAGGAAGACUUCAGACAAACCAAAAAGCUGGAAAACGGGGAAGGACAGAGACAGAAGCCAGGAGAGGCGGCGCGAGGGCAUGCGACUCUUCGCGAUUCAGGGGAGACGACAGGGGGUUUUGCGCGGACCAGAGGAGGGAACGAUGCAGAACCUCAGACAGAGGGACGGCCAGGCCGACCACGAGAAGAAAAGAAAAGAAAAUAG